CAACAGGAAGAAAACAUCCGGUCGGGAGGUUUGAGCAGGCCAUGUUAGUUUAGCUUCGCUUCAGCAUCAACAACAGUAAUGAGAAUCAAGAGCGGACGUGUGUCCUGUCAGGCUAUAUCCAAAGUAGGGAACCGCCCGGUGUAUAACCACAGAUUAUAAAUCUCCUUGACUUUCCUGUGCUGCGCGAGUUGACAUAAGGUGUGAAUGAGUGACGUGGUGCCUCCCACAGCUCUCAGUGAAGUCCAGCUCCGGUUCCUAUGCCAUGAUGACAUAGACAGUGUGAAAUUGCUCUGUGGUGAUUGGUUUCCAAUCGAGUACCCAGACUCUUGGUACCAGGACAUCACCUCGAACAAGAAGUUCUUCUCUCUCGCAGCCACUUUCAGAGGAGGUAUUGUGGGAAUGAUUGUGGCUGAGAUCAAAGGUCGGACCAAAGUACAUAAAGAGGAUGGAGAUAUUCUAGCCUCCAGUUUUCCUGUGGACACACAGGUAGCCUACAUCCUCAGCCUGGGAGUGGUCAAAGGGUUCAGGAAACAUGGCAUAGGCUCCUUACUGCUGGACAGUCUGAAGGAGCAUAUUUCGACAACAGCCCAAGACCACUGUAAGGCAAUCUACCUGCAUGUUCUCACCACCAACAACACUGCCAUCCACUUCUACGAGAACAGGGACUUCAAGCAACACCACUACCUGCCCUACUACUACACCAUACGUGGCGUCCUGAAAGAUGGAUUCACAUAUGUGCUCUAUAUCAACGGGGGUCAUCCACCUUGGACAAUAUUUGAUUAUAUCCAUCACAUUGGUUCAACCCUAGCUAGCCUGAGACCCUGCUCGAUCCCACAGAGGUUGUAUCGACAGGCCCAGUCUCUGCUCCGAUCUCUGCUCCCUUGGUCCAACAUCGCCUCCAAGACAGGGAUACAGUACAGCCGAACAAUGUGACGCAACAUUGCAGGACCCCCAAGUGUUCCGUUUCUCAUCAGUCUUCCCAAAUGCAGAUGUACAUUCACACCGUCAGCAUGCUGUGUAUGAGAUCGAUUCCCGGUUCAACUUGUGUUUGAGCUCUCAUCUGACGGCGUAACACUGCUGAUUCGGUGCUCGUUUGACACUCACAAGGUCUGGAUCUGUAGCUCCGUGCGUGCUGCUGAACAUUUUGGUUGCACUGCAUCGUUAUAAAAAGUGCAAUGUUGUGUUUACACUGAAUAGGGAGCAAUUUCGGGGAAACAUUUGUUAUCGGUUAUUUUAUCCUGUCACUGCUAUUCCAUUCCAUGAUUGCAAUAGUAGCACGUCUUUUAUCUGCCGUACCAGAGCUAUCUCUGAAACCAGGUGGCAGAGCACGGGUCUUUUGUUUUGGUGUGGAAGGGAUUUUAAACGCACUAUAGAUUGCAGUAGAUAGAGUCCAGUGGUUCAAAUUCUCCCUAUAUUUCUGCUUCCGUUCAUCCAAAUCAUUCACAUUUAUGUCUCCAAUUAGUAUAUUAUAUAUACUAUGGUAAUAGAUUUCACUUUCAAUAUAAUGUUCAUUUUGUCUUAUAUUGCUGCUGCCCAUUUUUAAAUAAGCAUCCUUUCUCUUUGAUUGGAUAGAAUGUAAGUCCAUAUCAAAUUGUGACAUAGGGACCCAAGAACAAAUCGCAUUGGACUCUGAAUCUAGCAAUGCUUUUAAGGCCUGUAGUGUAGAAUAGAGCUAGUAAUUUAUUGGGAACAAUGAAACGUUGCAUAUUAGCAUUUAUUUUAGCCUCACUGAUGUGUCAAAUGCUGUUCCCUUUUGGAAACUGAUGAAAUUAAUUUUCUUUGUGCAAUAACUAAAUGUACUGUAUCUGUGACAGCUUUGACAGACAGAUUUUAGCUUUGGUUGGAACACACUGCGACACAAUGUUUACAGGCUUUUCACAUUCAGCAGUAACGUUUUAAGCCUUAGGUGGCUAGUCAAUUGUCUUUCAGAACUACCCAUACAAGAAGGGCACCGUUGCUCAGGUCCUCAUUUUAAAAGUUUUAAAGUUACUGGAUGUAGUUUGUUGCUUCGCUGUCUGAAGUUGCUGCCAAUGCAGAAGAAUGACCAUGUUUGCCCGUAUUUUAAAUUAUAAUUCAGAUUUGAUUUUAACGUCUCCUUGAUAGAGAGAUACUGAAUAAACGAUGCUUGGAAAAUAGUAAUAUUUGUUACAUUUGCGUGUGUGUGCAAGGUUGGGAAUUUGCAUGAAAAAGGUGCCAAAUGUUGGUCUAAAUACAUUGAGUUUGUUGCAACAUUGUAGUUUCUCCAUUGUGUGUUCUGUUGCUAAUCAUAUUUAACAGUGACGAAAAUGUGUUGUUCAAAGGUGUGGAUUUCAAAUGAACAUUUCAGACAGUUUGUAUGCAAUACACUUUCCUUGGAUAGUAAUUAUUUGACUUCUUUGUUUUUUGUCUUUUAAUACCACUGAUUAGGGUGGCAUUCAUUUUGUUUUAAUUGCUAUUUUGAGAAGACUGAUUUUUUUGUAAUAUAUACAUUCACCCAUUUUCUAUACCUGUACUGCUUAUCCUCAUCAGGAUAAUGAGUGAGCUGGAGUCUGUCCCGGUUGACUUGGUAUCAGGCAGGUUACAACUUGUUUUGGUGAUGAGCCAUUUGCAAGGCAUAUAAACAUUUGACCAAAAUGUAAAUAUUUGGUAAGGCAUGCUUUUUUCAAUUUUCAAUUUUUUUUUUUAAUGUAUACUUUAUUGCCUUUUUAAUAGUCUUGACUCAAUUUCAGACAAUGACAGUACUAGAAUGUCAUUCACUCUGUGCGCUCUAAUUUCAGAAAAUACUCCUUUCCAUUCCCCAACAGGUCUUUAGAGACUUCUUGUGAUUGAAUUUUGUUGUUAGGCCUGCACUGUAUUGUAUAAUAUUUAGUGACUUCAUAUUUAUCAGUGGACAUUCUCCUGGCUUGUCACUAGGCGUCAGUGCCGCAUUGUAGUUCGUUUUUUGUGACAUGUCCAGAAAAGCCACCCUCCAAAGAAACUUAUCACUCGAAAAACACUUUUCACUUGCAUCAUCUGAUUAGUUCUAAUGUUGGUCCAUAGUUACUGCAGUUGCUUGCUUAUUUCAGUGUUUGCCACCCAGUGUAGUCCAGGAAAUUUAAUUUGAGUGCCAUCGAAGUAUAGCGAUAGGCAGAGCAAUUAAAUUCUCUUCAAUUCAAUUUUCCCUGUGAGAAUAUUAGCUUUGUGUGCUAUUAAACAGGCUCAACUUUCACACAGAUUAAGUCGAUUUGGCAUUCAUAAUGUGAGAAUAUUGACUUGACAUCUUUAAAGUUGUCUUUUUGUGACAUUUUUGUUAAGUGUUGCUGUGCGGUUUUUCAAAUGGAAAAUGCGUGCCAUUCCUUUGGUCAAUAAAAGUUAAACAUCA